GGACCAAUAUCCUACAUGUACUUUGUGGAGUAUUUAAGCCUAAUUUUUCACUAUUUAGGAAAUUGUGAGACAGAAUAUAUGGACAAAAUUACCAUGGAGAAUGGUCAUGCUGUAAAAUUUUCAUCAGAUUCUAUAGAUGACCUAGCUUUGAUUGAGAAUGAAACAUUUGACUUUGAUUUGCCUGUUUCACCCCAAGAAUGUCAUGGCAACAACAAGUUAAUUGAUCUACAAGAAGAUGAUGAGAUGGUAGAUGAUGAGGAUGAGGUGUUCAUCGGUCCAGUUGGGCAUAAAGAAAAGUGUGUGGCAACAAAUGCAGAGAUGGCCAUUGCCGAGCAAAAACCCAUGAGUCCACCAACAGCAGAGCAAUAUGCAUCUCUCUUCAAAGAGGCAAUGGCCCUCUCACUUGAGCUGCAGGGCACAUCAUCCAGUAGUGGAUCAUCUUCCUCUAACAGAUCUGACUCAAGUUCUUCUAUAAAAGAGCCUAAUGAAAGGAAAUCCAGUGUUACUCCUGCCCUGGACUGCAUCCAAGAAAAUUUGGGAGCUAAAGAAGUAGUCCAGGGUGUCAAAGAGAAGCAUGCAGGAUGUGAAGACGAGGAUACAAUGUCUGAAUUGGAGCGUUUCAAACGUCCAGUUAAAAAGGAUAUUCGUAAUCCCACUAGGCGUGGUACUUACACUGUAGCAUCAAAUCAACCAAGUCCAUACCCUACAGCAGAAACCAUUGAUUGUAUAAAACCUGAACCAAAGGGAGAUCCUCCUAUCAAAGUAUUACAGCCUCGACCUCCUACACAGAGUAUUAUAGCAAGAGGAAGGGGUUCUAUGCUACCUACAAGGGGACUACGUAGGCCAACUCCUGUAUCAACAAGAAAAUGUGAUGACACUGCUUCAAGAAGUGAUCAAUCUAAGAAUGGAACAGCAAAUCAUCAAGAGAUUACCAAGAUUCCAAACAGUGGAUUUCAGAAGCCUUUGGUCAAGAAAUUGAUCCCUAAAGCUUCCGGUCUGAAGAAACCAGGUUUCAUGAGUGAAAGCAAUGUCCCUUCAGAAACCAAGACAGCAGCUACCAAGCUUCCUACCAAGAAGAUAGGUUUGAUGAAACCCUCUACAAUCAGCAGACCAGCUAAUAGAAAUGGAACCAAUGGAGCAGUAGCAAACAAGCCUCAACCUAUGAAGGCAACAAUGACAUUUGGGGCUAGUAAUGAGGAUAGUUCCGGGGCUGCCACUAAUGGAACAAGACCUUCUAAAAAGGCCAUAGUCACAUCUCAGGUUCCUAGUACUGGCAAGAGGAAAGUUGCGGCACCUCGUGCAGCGACACCCAGCACACCGGUGUUUCAAGAGAAAAAAGUGAUUCCAAAGAGAUUACUUGCUAGUGGUACAGGAGGGACCACUACACCUGCUAAAGGAGCAGUUACACCAAGAAGAAGUUCAAUUUCAUCUUUACCCAGACCAUCUACUCCUGUUCAACCUAGUACCCCACAUACUAGACACACCAGCAUCUCAGUACCCCCUAGUUCUGUUGGUACUUCAUCAGCUAGACGUAGAUCUGGUAUCCCUACUCCCAACAGACGAGCAAGCACUACUACCAGACCAGGGAGUAGGUUGGCAGCACCCUCUGCAAUAUCAAGACCACAAUCAGCCCAAGCGACCCGGAAGGAAUCAUCAAGGUUUUCUCCUCUUCUACUCAGUCCCCUCCAGACUCCACCUGAAUUCAAACUUUCUCCUGAUGGUCCAGAUGAUAUUACCAAACCUUUACAGGUAGAUGAUAUCAUCCCUCAUCCUGAUGCAACAGGUUCUUCACCAGAGUUUACAUUACAAAAGAAUCCUGCUCCUGAUAAUGUAUUGAGGACAAGGACUAAUCUACCAGUCAAAGAGUCUAGUCCAGUGACAAAACUUGCAACACCCAAAGAUAAGCCUUCAGUUGGAACGCUCAUUGAUUUUGGCAGUGCUACACCAAAAGACAAGAAGGGCAUGAAGACACCAAUGCAACCAGAGCAAACUGCAGUCAAAGAGAACCUAUUAAUUGACCUGUGAAAGACAACAUCAAGAUCAUCUCAUUCCUAUUGACUGGUAACAUUUCUUCCAGAGUACUCUCUGAUUUAUUACCAUGUUCAUAUUGUGCAGACUAAUCAGAUGAUAUGAUACCAGUCUACAGCAAUCAAUCUAGGAUGGUGAAAGUCACAAGAGACUGCUUGUCAGAUAUUGGUAUCAUGUUUCAAAGCAAACAUAAGAAUAUCAAGACAUUGAUAUCACACUGUUUUGAAAAUGAGAAGAGAUAAAAUGGGUUGAUGUGUUUGUUGCAGACACAAUGAUCUUAUUCUACUGAUAUCAUGUUAAUACAGUUCAUAAUGUGAUUUAUCUCUUUAGUUAUGUGACAAGUGAAGAAAGAUUGAAGUGUUACACCCAAACACUAUCAACAUGCCAUUGUUUUGAGUACACUACAAUAUAUGAAAUAUUUUCAAAUUUUGUUUAUCUUCCUCUUGAAAUAAUCAUGAACGACUGGGUCUUGGAUAUUUACCAGUAAUCAAAUCAUCAAUCAUAUGAACCGAUGCUUUCUCAGAUAUUAUGGGAUUUAUCAUCUUUACAAACGGCAUCAAUCAAAUUGAUAAUUUAUAUUCAGAUUAGGCUGUUGUUUUUAUUAUUUUUUUUGUUCUUGGGGAAAAAACAAUCUUGCAUGAUAUUGGCAAAUAAUAGUGGAUCCCGAAUGAACAUCAAUAACAGAUAAUGUGCUGAGACAUGUAUAAUUACUAAUGUGCAUACAGGUUUUAUGCAUCACUGUAUGUAUGCAUACAAAUAUGUGCAUUUCAUGUGUCCAAUUUAUAUUAAAAAUUAUAUACUUUUUGGUCAGUUUAGCAGAGGAAUGCAUAUAUAUAUUGUCUAUCCAUGUUAUUUUUUAAAUGAAAUAAAACUGUAAAAAUUAUUUAUUGAGAAUUCCAUCCUAAAUAACAAAGCAUAAAAAAACUCUGAGAGGAUAAACUACUUCAUUUGUGAAAAUAUGAUUAAAGAUGAGAUUCUGGAAUUUGUAUUCUAUAAAGCACAGACUAGUUUUACUGUGAUCAUGAACCUUGAAGGUCCAUAUUAUGAUUUAUCUUUGAAAGGAAUUAUAUAUCAAAUUCCAUUCAUUCAUAAUACAUCGAUCUCUUCAUUAUUCUAGAAAUUUUGAUAAAGGAAAGGGAAUUUAUGUUCUAAUACAUUACAGUCUUGCAAACAAGUUUUCACUGAUAUAGCAUUUGAGUUAUAACUCCCUUUUUGUCUCACCUGCAAAGCAAAGUGAGACUAUAGGCGCCGCUUUUCCGACGGCGACGGCGGCGGCGGC